GUCACAUGGUUCAAUAGCUGCCCUGUGCUGUAUGGUUAUCCAGCAGGAGGGUGGGAUGUAUUUCAGGAUGCUGGAGGGCAGGAUCUAGUAACUCAUUGGCUACUGAUCAAGUGAUUGCCAUUUUUGGAGCUUUCACCAUCUCCACUGGGAGCAGAGCAUCAAUCCUGCUACACUUGUAACCAGGAAGUAUUUUGAAAACAGCUGGGGAUUUGAGUGGCACCGAAAUUCACCUUGUCAUUCGAUCUGGUUACAACCACUUGAGUCUGCACCGGCACUUGAGUCUGCACCGCCAUAUUGGAGCCGGGUUUCGGUGCCCAACCCUAGUUAAGAGUUGAUCAUCAGUUAAAUUGUCUAUUUUUUUUUCCAGCUGUUUCACCAUGGCCUCACUUGAUGAUACCAUAGAGACAGCAGCCCUGGGAAGACCAUUCCAGCUCGGGAUGCUGUAUGAGUGCAGGAAGGACGCUCUUAUUCCAGGUACAACCUUAUGGGAUCAAGAGGAGGUGCAGAGGAACACAAGUGUGAAACAACAAAAUAAUACUGAAUUUAAGGUCACAACAUCAGAUACAAUUGAGGAGAAGUCGGAUUCAUUGAAGAUCUCUGGCUCUCUGAAACUAAGUCUCUUGGGAGGACUGGUGGAUGUGGGAGGAUCAGCUAAAUAUUUCAAAGACACAAAGAAAUCCAACAAACAAGCACGUGUGACUCUUCAGUACAAAACAACCACAAAAUUUGAAACAUUAACAAUGUCUCACCUGGGUCGUGGGCAGGUGUCUCAUCCUAAUGUGUUUAAAGAUGACACUGCCACUCAUGUCGUCACGGCCAUCUUGUACGGAGCUGGUGCCUACUUUGUGUUUGACAGAGAAUCAUCUUCAGAGGAUAAGAAGGAACAAGUGGAGGGGGAGGUUAAACUCACCUUCAAUAAACUGAAAAACCUCACAGUAGAUGCUGAUGCAUCUUUAAACAUGGAUGAUACAGAAAAGACAGCAGUUGAGAAAUUUAGCUGCACAUUUCAUGGGGAUUUUAAUUUAGGCACCAACCCAACAUCCUUCAGUGAUGCUGUGAGAGUUUACACAGAUCUUCCAAACAUGCUGGGAGAGAAUGGAGAACAUGCUGUUCCACUCAGGGUGUGGCUGUACCCUCUGUGCAAGUUGGAUUCAAGAGCUGCAAGACUGGUAAGAGACAUCAGCAAUAACCUCAUCAGAUAUUCAUCAGACAUCAUAGAGAGUUUGACCAGGACAGAGAUGAGAUGCAGAGACAUACUGAAAGACACAGCAGCAGCAGCAUUUCCUGCCCUGGCAAUGAAGGUUCAGAAUUACAUGCAGAUGGGCCAUCAGUACAAGCUUGACCUCAUGCAGAAGCUCGGGUCAGUGCUUCCUUUAAUCCGAGGGGGUGGGAAAGAGGAGAGUGCUCUAUUAGACAUUCUGAAGGCACAUGAGAGUUCUCCAUUCAACAGCAAAGACCUGGAACAGUGGCUCAAAAAAAAGGGGAUACACUGA